CAACGUUAACCUGCUCAUUCAUCGAUCUCUUCCCUUUGCCUCCAUAAACAUCACCCGAUCGCGAAUACUCUCUACAAAGUAAUAUCAGCUCUGGUACCAUGAGUAGUUCCAGUUGUGUCGCCCAUGAUAAAGAGGAACAGUUUGACGUGCUGCUCGACGUGGUGGCUGCCAGGAUUGCUGUAAGCCGUGAUGAGGCAGCGCUACAAAAGAUGGAGGCGGGGGAAAGGGCGGUCAAUACCAUCGCGGCUAUCGACCAAAUUUCAAAAGAAGAAAAGAAGACAGGAAAUAGAAACGAUGCUGUCACAGUGAGCACGGAAAAAAUCACACGAGAAGAUCCGAGAGACUUCAAGGUCCAAGUUCAAGGCACCCCAGAAGACAAUGUGUUCCUCUUGAAGGUCUUAAGAGAACGACAGGAAGCAGAAUCGCCAUUAAGGCAGGCUAUGAACGUGGCAGCAUCCACAGAUGAUUUUGAUCUACACAGAAAUACAAAUCCAACUGAUAAAGCAGAAGCCCUGCCGCGGACAAGCCUGGCACGUCAUCAAGAAGUGGCUAGAAGAACCAGAGCUGGUGCCUAUUCUGUGGCACCUGGCUUUGAGCUUCCAACAACUGCCGCCACAUACAUUGCACUUGCAGGUGUAGGACAUUCAGUGACUGGGUCUGAGACCCAUUCCAACCUUCCAUCCGAUGUGGUACAGCAAGAACGGCCUCUUGGCAAUAGUGUCUUGGCUGUGGCAAACCCAGUGGAUGAAAUUAUUCCUCACGAUCUUCCCCAAGCUCAAGAGUUUGAGAGCCAAGAAUCAACAGGAGAGCAAGAGACCAAAAGGUACAAGGCUGGGCUUCUACUGGUGGCAAUUGCUGUGCUGGCCAUCAUCACCAUCCUAGUGACUCUGCUAGUUCCUAGCAAGAAGGACGACAAGGAGUCCUCAACUGUCACACUUCCAAGCAGUACUCCUUCAGUAGCACCAUCCAUGUCUCCGGAGGGAACCAUCAAGGCAUUGCUAGAAGAUGACACCCUGUUGGCUUUGGAAGACCCAGAGUCACCUCAGUUUAGGGCAUUUGAAUGGUUGUUGGAAGAUCCCAAUCUCCAUUCUCACUCGGAUGCUCGCAUCAAGCAAAAGUUUGCCUUGGGGUCACUUUACUAUGCCACCAGUGGAGACACUUGGAUGGAUAAUACCAGCUGGCUGAGCCACAGCAUACAUGAGUGUGCGUGGUACAAUGCACCUGAGUUUGCUCAGAAGACCUUGAUGGAUUCUAUAUAUCAAGGGUACAUGUCUUGGUUUGCCCCAUCCACAGAGCCACCACCAACACACUGCAGUGAAGAUGGCCUGUAUCACAAUCUUUGGUUGGAUAACAACAAUCUUGUUGGGUCCCUUCCAGAAGAGCUCUACUUUCUGACAAGCCUACAAACACUGUCUCUUGGGUAUAACCAGCUAGACGGCAGUCUUGGCAGCCUUAUUGGGCAGCUUGCUGAUUUGGAGGGGCUGGUCAUUUUUAAUCAGCCACCAGGUGGCAUUCCUUCCGAGAUCGGUCUCUUAUCAAAGCUAAGAGGUCUGCUGCUUACCAACAGCAACCAUCAAGGGGUCCUUCCUUCCGAGUUGUGGCAGCUUACAAAUCUGGAGUACUGGGUUCUUAUGGACCAUGAGCACAUGCAGGGAACCAUUUCCACAGGGGUGGGAAUGCUCUCAAAAUUGAAAUGGUUUGUCCUAGACACCAGUGGCAUCUCUGGCACUAUUCCGACAGAGCUUGGGCAAAUAGAGCCAUUAGAGUGGAUUGUUUUGGGGCGGAACAGGCUAUCUGGAUCCAUCCCAAGUGAGCUAGGCUUUCACCCCAACAAGGAGCAUAUACACCUAAACAGCAAUGACUUGGUGGGGACAAUCCCUAGUGAGUUGGGUUUGCUCAGUUCCCCUUAUCGUCUCUCAUUUUUUGACAACCACAUCACGGGCACAGUCCCAAGUGAACUCGGUCUCCUCAAGGAUCUGGAACAUGCAUUGGAUCUCGCAAGAAAUCUGCUAACAGGAGUCAUCCCAACAGAGCUUGGGCUGUUGACAAGCCUACAUGACCUAUUGCUGGACCACAACCAACUCUCAGAUCCCCAGUGAAUUUGGUGAACUCGCAAGUCUGCGUAUCACAAGUUUAGCAAACAAUAGCUUGUCAGCCUCAGUCCCAGUGGAACUAUCAUCCCUACAACAGACACUGCACUCAUUAUUGUUGGAUGGAAGUCCAAUGAUGACGGGAACUAUCCCAGAGUCCCUUUGCCACUUAAAUGGAACCUGUGUCAUAUUACCAGGUUUUGCGCAUUCAUGUGAUGGACCAAUGGGGGUGUUCUUUGGUUGUACUGAUCUCCUGUGUGGCUGUGAUUGCUCCUGUGGUGGGGCCUGAGAUGAAAGGCUGCAUGCAUAAUUAAAUGUAUCUAACAAGCUACUCUUUU